GGGUGACGCUGCUAAUGUUUCCGGGUCAGACAGGUCGUACAAAACGGAGUGUGAGCUUAUAAAAUGCUGUUACGGAGGUUGUUGCAUGUUGGAGGGAUGGCGGUCCGACACAGCAGGUCUAUCCAUCACAGUGCGGUUUGGAGGAGUCCUCUCAUCCCCAUAGUGGUGGAGCAAACGGGCCGAGGGGAGCGAGCAUAUGACAUCUAUUCCCGCCUGCUGAGAGAAAGAAUCAUCUGCGUCAUGGGCCCUAUUGAUGACUCUAUAGCCAGUCUAGUGAUCGCACAACUGCUCUUCCUCCAAUCAGAGAGCAACAACAAACCCAUCCACAUGUACAUCAACAGCCCAGGUGGAGUGGUGACCGCUGGCCUGGCCAUUUAUGACACCAUGCAGUACAUUCUGAACCCCAUCUCCACCUGGUGUGUGGGGCAGGCGGCCAGCAUGGGCAGUCUGCUGCUGGCUGCUGGCACCCCAGGCAUGAGGCACUCCCUGCCCAACGCACGCAUCAUGGUGCACCAGCCAUCCGGGGGCGCUAGGGGCCAGGCCACAGACAUUGCCAUCCAGGCCGAGGAAAUCCUGAAGCUAAAGAGACAGAUCAACAACAUCUAUGCCAAGCACACGGGGCAGCCUCUGGAGACCAUCGAGGGUGUGAUGGAGAGGGACCGCUACAUGAGUCCUAUGGAGGCACAAGACUUUGGCCUGAUAGACAAAGUGCUGGUGCACCCUCCUCAGGCAGGACAGGACGAGCCAGAGCUGGUGCAGAAAGAGCCCACUCAGACCCCCGCUUCUCCCUCCUCAGAGACCCCCACAGCAGAGUCAAGUCCGAGUGGAGCCAGUCGCCCCACCUCAUACAAGCCAGAGCCCUGACACACAGCUAUGGACACUUUCUAUACUAUACUGUCUAAGGUGUAAUAAACUGUACCCCCAGUGUGGAGAUCACACAAAGAAAUGAGUGAAUGAUUAUGAUGAACUAGGUCAGCCAUAACACGAUUUAGACUGGUGUUUGUGUCCGAGCCACACUCGUCAAGACACAACAAAUAGUACUCUUUCUAAAAAGUUUAAAAAUAUUAAUUUUUAUUAUAAAUAAAUGUUUUUUGGAUUAUUUUCUUGAUGUUGGGACCAGAUUUGUCACAUGACCUGUACCAAAAUCACAUUCACCUGUUGGUCUGAAAUCAAUUUCCUCUUUGGCAGAAAUUACAUGCUGAGUGACUAACUUUUUCACAGCAAUCGGAUAAAUGCUUGGGUUAUGUGGGGCCUUUGCAAGUGGAGUUUUCUUGCUCAUCUUUUCCCCCCUGUUAAUCGAUUCAUCAAUAAAUUGUUUAGAUUGCAUAAGGCCUGUAAAUAUGAUGGCACUUUAUAAAUGCCCUCCAUCAAGCUGUGCUAGACAAAAGUUGUUCCAUGAAAUACCAAUUUUACACUUUUCCUGUGUCUUACCCGAGUCAUAAAGCCUCUUUGGUCUAUACACAGACUCAAACCAUGCUUUUGCACAGAUAAUGGAAUAAUUAUUUAAAGUGAUUAGUUGAUCCAUAUAACACCAUGCAAAGGGAAAUAACCCAUUACUCGCUUUCAUAAUUUUACAUUCUAUAAGCCUAUAAUAUUUAAGAGAUGGGAGGCACUGGUAAAAUUGCUAUUACAAGAAUUGUUAUAUAGUGAAGUCAAAGGCCUAGUCACAAAUAGAAAUUAGGGCUGCAUGAUAUUGCACAAUUUUUCAAUACAAUUUAACUGUAAUGUUGAUAUUUUGCCAUAUUAAUACUUUUUUGACCCAAUAAUUUAUUGUAGGAAAAUUUGUUUUUGUUUUUAGUUAAUUAUUAAAUCAUUAACAGCUUUAACACAUGCCUUUAAAAAAAAACAACAGUAUUUUUGUCAGAGAACCUAUUUCAAUUAUUGCAGCAGUCAGUAUUACGAUCAAUACCUUUGCAAUAUAUUGUGCAGCCCUAAUGGGAACAGUACAACUUCCUAUAGCAAAGUAACCAAACUUUUGACGUUGGCAUGUUCAUGUAAAUGUGUAAUUCUCAGGCAGAAUUCUUGGUUUGGCAAAUCAAAUGUUAUACCAGUUAAUAUGCACAUGUGAUAUUACGCCACAAUUCAAACAAACCAAACUGCAGGAUA